GGGAGAAUCAGAAACAUCAGAACCUCAAAACCUUCUGAAGAGUGAAAAUAUCAACAUUAUUGGCGCAUUAUUUCUGCACCCAGUUUAGAUUGAAAAUCGAUAAUCAUGAUAGGAUUGCCACUUCUGGCGGCUGCAUUGAGGAUACACAGUGUUUAUUAGUUACAGUGGAUUAUUUUUUGACGUGAUGGAAGUGAAGGUUAGAGGCGGGGGAGGAGACAGAGAGACGGACAUUUGUGCGUAAAACGGAAACAAUGCGCAAAUUGCGCAUUUUGGUAACGUGUGUGUGUGUGAGAGAGAAUCUGCUUUAUUUGCAUUAAACGAAAUAAUACUUCACAUCCAGCUGCUUCAUAUACAGUAUGUUGUUUUUCUUAUAAUCAUAUGUGUUUCCAUGAGUCGCAGCAUCUCUCUGCGACUGUGUGCGUGAGCGUGCGUAAAGACCCGACAGGCUCGAGCGCUUCAUUUCGAUUCACAGGGGACCCCUGCGCGCAACAAGAGCCCCCCAUGGGUGCAAUAGUGCAAGCACAGACGCCGGUGAUUGGCCAGAGGUUGAUCAGAUGGUACACUUCCCCUCUGUAUUCAGUGGCACCUCACAACCCCCCCUUUCAGCAAAAACCAAAUCUCCGAUAAAGUAAUGGCAAAACCACUUGGACUAUAAAAGACAACAAAUCAUAUUCCUCCGGAGUAUAUACACCCCGUUGUCCACCCAAUGAGUUCCUAUUUUGUUAACUCAACUUUUCCCGUGUCUCUACCGGGAGGACAGGACUCUCUCCUGGGUCAGAUACCGUUAUAUUCCUCGGGAUACACCGAUCCGUUAAGACACUACUCCAACGCGGCCACAUAUGGAGCAGCCAACAUGCAGGAGAAGGUUUACCCGGCGUCCUACUACCAGCAGACGGGCGCAGCGGCCGCGGCGGCCAUCUACGGCCGGACCAGCGGCGGAGCGCCGUGCGACUACAACCCGGUCGGGACUUUCUACAAGGACGCGGAGGGCUCGUGCGCUUUCUCGAGCCGCGAGGACCAGCCGCUGUUUGUCACUCAGGAGCAUCAGCGGAGCAAAGCGGAGUGCCCCGAACAGAGUGUCAGCAUGAGCAGCAGCCUCGACGACAAGUCCUCCACUCUGAUCUACCCGUGGAUGCAGAGGAUGAACGCCUGCUCGGCCGGCCCGUUUGGCAGCAGUGGCCGCAGGGGCCGACAGACCUACACCCGCUACCAGACUCUGGAGCUGGAGAAAGAGUUCCACUUUAACCGCUACCUGACCAGGAGGCGCCGGAUAGAGAUCUCGCACGCCCUUUGCCUGACCGAGAGACAGAUCAAAAUCUGGUUUCAGAACCGCAGGAUGAAGUGGAAAAAGGAGAACAAACUCCUCAAUCCGUCAAAGACACCCGAAGAAGAAGAGGAGGAGGAACAGACGGAGAAAAAGAGCUAAAAAUAAUAAUAAG